AUGGUCAAUUUUCUACCGACUUUUCUCUUUUUCAUCGAAGCUUAUCAUACUUUUGCUCACUCGUUGAUCCUUUUUGGAGUGAGGACGAUUCCGCUGAAAGAUUUGAAUAAUGUCGGUUUAUACUUCCUUAUCGAUGCUCUUUCGGUCCUCGCCUCGUAUCUCUUCCACGGCCGAUUCACCUACAUCGUCCUUUUCCAGCAGAUUCAACACUACUACUACGUCCUUACCUGGAACAAAAGCUACUGGUCCAAACGAGUCGCCUACUGGAGCUCGCUGGACUGGCAUAUUAAUGGAGGAAAAAGCCGGGCAAUGGAAUGGAUUGGCACUUUUUACGAUGUUUCUACUCAUGUCUUGAUGAUGUACGCCCUAAGCGAGUACAUUGGCACGAUUGACUACUUGAUCGCUUUCCUACUUUUCAUGGCUGGAUCAAAAGCUGUCCUUUUCAAUUCAAAAUUUGCCUGGUCCUCGCCUUCAAAUCCGCCAAACUGGGUCAAAAAACGGGCUACCGAGACAGAUGUCUACUAA